GCGGCACUUAAAAGAUUAUUCUCAAAUGAAUGGCUGCCACUGAAAGGAUUCAUCCCUCCAACCACUUUCACCACACUUAAGGAUCCAUGUUGAACUAAUAGCCACCGCAUUCACCUCACAUUCCACCAACCUAACAUUAUGGUCAAAUACACAUCCUUCAAAAGAGGAAACUCCUCAAUCCACGCUGUUUCCCUUGACAACGCUGCCAAGUACAUACUUGUGGGGAAUGACAACGUGGAGAUUAGCCUUAUGGGUUUGGAGUCUCAGAAAAUUAUCCAAAAGUACCAGGGUCAUGCUUCUGGUGUCUCUUGUGUGAACUUCAACUCUGAAAAUGACCAGUUUGUGUCGGGAUCGAAAAAAUUGCUCAUCCAUGAUAUUACCACAGCGGCUGUUCUUCGCAGUCUACAGCCGUGCGACGAUGUUCACCCCAGUAUGAUCACGGACGCGCAGUUCCUUACGCGUGAGCUCUUGGUAACAUGUGGCCAUGAUUCUCGGGUAAGCAUCUAUGACUUACGGCACAAGUCUAAACACAACCCAACCCAGUAUUUUGACGACCCCACCGAUAACCUCAAUGCCUUGGGUUUCCACUACACUAGCUUUGUCUCAGCCGCGUGUAACGACGGGCAUUUGUACACGUACGACUUGCGGAAGGGCUUGGUGCACGACGUUGACUACGGAAAUGGCUAUGCGCUCUUAGACGUCGAAUACCCGUGCUUGCUGUCGCUCCCCAAGACCAUGAGGUUUGGCGCCCCAAAUGAGACCGCCGUGGUGGUAGAGAAUGCUACGCUAAAGUACAUCCGUCCGACAGAUUCCCUCAAUUUGCAGUGCUGGGAUGUGACUUCUGCUUCGGUCAAGACGCUGAAAGUUCCCAAGUUUCAGUACCGCACCCCUUGCAAAUUCAUAGGAGGAAGUGAGUACAUUGUAUGCGGAUCGGACGUGGGUGAAUUGAAUGUCUACGAAACCAACCCCGAUGAGCAGGUAUUUUAUAGAAUGUGCACUCCUCCGACCAAGUUGAAAAUCGUGUCCGCCGUGCCGAAAGCAUGGAUGGCUGAUGUCUUGUCCUGUCUUGACUAUAAAAGCAACACGUUGGUCAGCGGCGCGGGCGACGGCACAUUGCAUGUCUGGAAGAACCCUACUCCACUCAGCGAGUAACAUCCCAGACUGCACCUCAAAGGAAAGUUAAAUGAUGGCCCAGAAGUGAUUGAGUAUAAUCAAAACUUUACUAGAAGAACCUAGUAUCUAUAUAAUGACACACUGUCC